AUCUAACAUCUCUGUAGGAGGUCUAGUGGGCCUACAAGGCGUUCAACGAAAGGGCAAUGGACUCCUGAAGAGGAUGAAAUCUUGCGUAGGGCAGUUCAGAGUUUUAAAGGAAAGAAUUGGAAGAAAAUAGCGGAGUGUUUCAAGGACCGGACUGAUGUGCAAUGCCUGCAUAGGUGGCAGAAAGUUUUGAAUCCUGAAUUGGUCAAGGGUCCAUGGUCUAAAGAGGAGGAUGAAAUCAUUGUUGAAUUAGUAGAAAAGUAUGGCCCAAAAAAGUGGUCAACUAUUGCACAGCAUUUACCUGGACGUAUUGGUAAGCAAUGCAGGGAAAGGUGGCAUAAUCAUCUUAAUCCUGGCAUAAACAAAGAAGCAUGGACACAGGAGGAGGAGUUGGCUCUAAUUCGUGCUCAUCAAAUUUAUGGGAACAAAUGGGCAGAGCUAACAAAAUUCUUGCCUGGAAGGACAGACAAUGCUAUAAAGAAUCACUGGAACAGUUCUGUGAAAAAGAAGUUGGAUUCUUACUUGAAGUCGGGUUUGCUACCAGACUUUGAAGGAACACCUCAUGUUGGACAUCAAAACCAACCCAUAAUCGCAUCUUGUUCGAGAGUGCAGAAUAGUGGAGAUGAUAGUGCUCCCAGAGGUGCUGAAGGAGAAGAAAAAUCAGAAUGCAGUCAAGAUUCAACUGUUGCUGGUGGCUUUCAGUCUGCAACUGAAAUGGUCAAUGUGGUAUUAAAUACUAGAGAUCGGUCACAUAUCCGUGAAGUGUCCCGAUUAGGAAAUGACCCAAGCUCCAGUCCAGCGUCCUGUUCAGAACCAUAUUUCCCGUCUAUGGGGGAUGCCACUUUUGCCAUCCCAGAAAUACCUCCUGAACUUGUUAGCUCUUCCAAAUUUAUAGAGCAAACUUUUGCACAUGAUGCUGGAGAGUUGAUGAGUGGGGAUUUCCAGUUUAAUAUGCAGGAGUUAACUAAUAUUUCAUCACUAGAAUCAGGGCAGGAGGCAUCCGGGAUGCAUACCCAUUGUAUGAGUUCUAAUGAGAUACAUGAUGUGGUCAACUUUCCAUUUCAAAAUGCUAGUGCAUUUCCUGCUUCUACUUCCAUGGAAAAUAUGGUGGAUGGUUCGAUUAAAUCAGAGAGGAUGUUGAUAUCCGACGAUGAAUGUUGCAGGGCUUUGUUUUCUGAGGCAAUUAAUCAGGGAUAUUAUUUCUCCAGAGAAUUUACAAAUGGGUCAAGCAUGGUUGAUUUGAUUACAUGCACAGAGUCAUUUUUACAAUCAUCAUCAAACCUCCAGUUGUCUGAAACCGGUAGAUCUUCUCAACCUUAUUGUGCUUUGAACUUGGAUUUAGUUGGAACUCCAUGCUCUCAACCAGUUUCUGCUCAUGAGGGUCCACUGAUAUUUGCUGGAGAGCCUAAUCAUUUAUUCAGAGUCCAAGUACAGGAGUAUGUCACAAGUUCAGAGGAUGCAUUUGUCCACACUAAUGACACAGCCAGAUCUCCCAGCACUGUUGGUGGAAAUAAGACUUUUAUGCAAGAGCAAUCUCAUCUGGUUGAGGAUCCUUUAGAUUUAGUCCCUGUAAAUACAUUUGAUUCUGGAUUGGAUACGCAAACUUCUCCAGCUGUGGAUGUGAGAUCAGAUGUGCACACAGAGCAGCAGGAUGACAGAGCUUUAUGUUAUGAGCCUCCUCGUUUUCCAAGUUUGGAUAUUCCAUUUUUAAGUUGUGAUCUUGUACAAUCAGGAAAUGACAUGCAACAAGAAUAUAGUCCCCUUGGAAUUCGUCAGCUGAUGAUGUCCUCUAUGAAUUGCCUCACUCCAUUUAGGUUAUGGGAUUCACCAUCUCGCGAUGGUAGCCCUGAUGCUGUUCUGAAAAGUGCUGCUAAAACAUUUACAGGCACACCAUCCAUUUUGAAGAAACGGCACCGGGACCUGUUGUCUCCAUUGUCGCCAUUGUCAGAUAGAAGGAUUGAUAAAAAGCUUGGGACUGAUGUGACCUCCAGUUUGGCCAGAGAUUUUUCACGUUUAGAGGUAAUGUUUGAAGCCAGUGAAACACAGGAGGCACCAUCACAUUCUCCAUCUUCAAAUCAGCCGAGGGACUCUGAUGGGCAUGAAGAAGCUAAAGAGAAUAUGGAUACCUGUGAAACCAGAAUAGAAGAAGGGGUUGAUACUGAUGAAAUAGCACAGAAAAAUUUUGAUGACAGUGAAUCCCCAGAAAAGAGGAAGCAAGGAAAUGCUGAUGUUGAUACCUGUGAAACCAGAAUAGAAGAAGGGGUUGAUACUGAUGAAAUAGCACAGAAAAUUUUUGAUGACAGUGAAUCCUCAGAAAAGAGGAAGCAAGGAAAUGAUGUUGAUGCUAACACUAAUGCUGUCCCCUCUUCUCAGGAUGUGCAACAGUCUUCUGGAGUUCUUACAGAACAUAACACAAAUGAUCUGCUAUUAUAUUCUCCUGAUCAAGCUGGAUGCAAAGCUGAAAAAGCCUUGAGCUUGAGUGCUAAAACUCCAAAAGUUCAGCGUUCUAAAUCUUUUUCUGCCAAACAAGGUGCCUCUGUUAUUACCCCAACUAUAACAGUGAAGAAGCGAGAAAGUUAUUUGGUUGCACAGACAUGUACACAAUCUGAUUCGUUGUCAGCCCCUCUGGAAACAUGUACCAAUAAUGCUGGGAAUGUUGCUUGUACAGAGACCAUGUUUGGUAUUACACCACUAAAAAGAAGUAUUGAUUCUCCUUCAGCAUGGAAAUCCCCUUCAGCAUGGAAAUCUCCUUCAGCAUGGAAAUCCCCCUGGUUUAUCAACUCAUUCCUUCCUGGUCCAAGGGUUGAUACAGAAAUAUCAAUUGAGGAUAUAGGAUUUUUCAUGAGCCCAGGAGAUAGAAGUUAUGAUGCCAUAGGGUUGAUGAAACAGAUAAGCGAGCAUACUGCUUCUGCAUAUGCUAAUGCCCAGGAAGUUUUGGGAAAUGAUACUCCUGAAUCAUUGUUGAAGCAAAGACGGAAAGACCAUGACAUUAUGGACUUGGAUAAUGAUCUUGCACCACCAGAUCAGCCGGGAAGUAGUUCCCUUUCCGCUCCAAAUGUUAUGGUGGAGCGUCGCACCCUGGACUUUAGCGAGUGUGGAACACCCAGUAAGGGAAAGGAAAGCGGAAAAUUUUCGAAUACUAAAACCUUCUCAAGUCCAUCGAGCUAUUUGUUGAAGGGAUGCAGAUAAUGAGUUCUUUGAAGCCAAGGCUUGAAGUUGUUCUAGUUACCAUGUAUGAUGUAUGUAAGUUUUGUUCAUUGUUUAUUGUUCAUACAGCUGCCGAACCCAAUUAAAUUGAUUUACUCAAAAGAAAUUUGUUCAUGCACUACAA